AAACAGAUGGGCACUUGAACUCAUGAGGAACAUAGCAGAGAUGCCAAGAGAGAAAGAGAGCAAUGGGUAAACAAAUGGAUCAGUGAAUGGGUUACUCCGCAAACAAAACACCGGGCGUGGACCUUUUGGCCGCCUCCACGGCCGCCAUUAUUUCCAGUCUCUUUGUGCCCCUUCCAAAAGGCAAAGGAAGCCCGGCCGAGACCAAAAGCGAAGAAAAGGACCAUGGAAUUUUAUCCGACAGUAAUGAAACAUUACUAUACAGGUCAAUUAAGAAUUAUUUUCAUAAAUCCCUGCUACAUCAGAGAAAUAACGAUUGCUAUGGUACUUUUCCGUCGCUCUGCGUUGCUCCACAAGAAACAGAAAGACCAGAACCAAGGAGAGCAGAACCAGAGAUAGCAAAAUAACGCACAUAAGCUUAACCCGGCGUGAGAGGGAUUCCUUGGUUUUCUUCAUCACAACAACAAUGUAUGACUUGCCAUAGCACGGGGUCUGUUGGGUUACUUGCUCUAUGAUGACUCUAGCUUGCGCAAGCGGAUUUUCCAUAUCUCAGGCUUGUUAUUAUUCGGAGGAGCGCGCAAUGGCGGUUUCCAUGUUUGACAUCCGAGGAGCAAAAGGGCAGUGGAAAAGAUAAGAACAAAGACGAAAUUCAAGACGUUAAUAGGUGGUUUAUUAAAAACGAUAAUAUAGAUCAGUGUUAUAUAUUUAAACUUAAUAUCAAAGAGUCAUUUUAAGGGGGAAUGGCGCAGCCAUUCGCUGUGGCUCUCACCGGGUUUUCUGUGCUAGUAGAUGAACCGUGGGAUGGUUAGGAUCUGGGACGAGAUCAUUGGUUUCCUGUGACGUCACAACUUUUACCAGCUACAGGAACUACGAUAAGAACGCCUGGGGCUUUGGGACGAGCUUGACACGCUGGAGUAUUUGUCAAACGCGUAACAUCACAUCACAAAAAAGGUGCUCGCAUUAAAUAGUGUGCUCUUAUGCUUU